UAUUGUCAAAUGAUCCAUAAGAAUUAAAACUAAAAAAGCAGAAAACAAAUUGUAGUGAAAAAUGAACUGAAAUAAUAAAAUACUGAAAACUUUACCGCCAAUGACAAGGUCGUUCAUAAUUUGUAAAUAAUAAUGUCAAUAUUUCAAUAAUAUAUCAAAAAUUCUUGCAACGCCUUUUUUUAAAAAUUUUUUUGACGCUCCAUUUAUUAUUAUCUACAAAUAAUAUCUUGUUUAAAAAUUCGACCAUUACCUAAAAAUCUAUUUUGAAGAUGGAUGAUGUAUUUGUGUUAUCCAAAACGGUGUGCAAAGGUGUUAUGGAUAGUUUUAAAGGUGUCACUGUAUUGUUUGUUCCAAACAAGCGUCCAAAGAAAGUUGGCAGACCAGUUAACUUACCAAAAGAUCAAAAAAUGUUACAACGAAUAAUUCAAUGUUGUACAUUAAAUGGUGGCAUAUUUUGUUUAAGUAUAGUUAUUUUUGAAUAUGUUAUUCUACCAUCUUUAGGAUCUAUAAUGUCGAUUACAUUCGGGCAUUUUAAUGAAAAUAUUUGGUUAUGGACCCGAUCAUUAUUAUCAUGGACAUUUGGAGCUGUAUGGGUCUUACCAAUAUUUUUAUUAAGCAAAAUAAUAAAUAGUCUAUGGUUUCAAGAUAUCGCAGAUAUAGCGUAUAAACAAAAAAAAGGUGAUCCACAACAGUUGACACGUAUAAGUAAAGUGAUUGCAGACUUUUCUUUCAGUAUAGUUGUUCAAUUCUUAUUUCUCAUUCAAAGUUACUUAGUGAGUAUGGUGCCAUCAACAAUUCUUAGCAAUAUUCUCAGUAUUUUGCAUUUAUCGUUACUUUAUUCACUUUACUCAUUUGAAUAUAAGUGGUGCAAUAUGGGUAUGGAACUAAACUCAAGGUUAUCCAUUAUUGAGAACUGUUGGCCAUAUUUUCUUGGAUUUGGACUACCACUAGCAGUUGUCACAUCUUGGCCAGAAUCAUAUAUUAUUAGUGGUUGUCUGUUUUCAAUUCUAUUCCCUGUGUUUAUCAUCAGUGCUAAUGAAGUCAGUCCAUCUAAGAUAAAAGUAUUUAGAUUGAAAUUAUUUGCGCCGGUUUUAUCUAUAACAAGUACCAUAUUCAAUCGCUCCAUUGGUCCAGCUAUAAAAUCUUCAAUGAGUACUGUUUCAAAAGCUCAAAAACUGCAUAAAUGAAUAAACAUGGUUAUGUGUUAACAUAUUAUAUAUAUUUUUUAAUACCUUUUUAAUUUAUAAUUUGAUUGGAAAUUGAUGCUUUUUUACACUUGAGGCUGUGUUACUAAAAAUAUACUGAAAUAUAUUUAUAGUUUAUAUGUUUACUCUUAUGUUCUCAGGAAUAAACUGUGCUUUUUAUUUGUGAAUAA